CUGCAGAGUGUGAAGAUGGCUAACGCCGUAACCUCCUACGACCAGCUCGCCCACCAGGUGGAGGCGCUCCGCAAGGAGAACUCCCACCUGCGGAGGGAGCUGGAGGACAACUCCAACCACUUGUCCAAACUGGAGACGGAGACAAGCGGCAUGAAGGAAGUGCUGAAGCAGCUGCAGAGCAAACUGGAGCAGGAGGCGGGAACCCUGGCGUCGUCAGGGAGGAGCGACGUUCUGCAUCAACUCAAAGAGCUCCACAUGGACCUCACUAAUUACUACGAACUCAAACACCAACCUCACAACCUGCGGCUGUUGCCGGACAGUCUGGGAGGGGCGGGGCUCACAGGCGCCGGAGGGGCGGGUGCAGACGGGAUCCGAGGGGCGGAGUUAGACGAUCACCUGGCCAUGCCUCUCUCCUCGUGCUCCUCCUCGUCCUCGGUCGCUGCGUUGGGUCGGACCAGGAGUCCGCUCCGAGCUGCGUCGCGUCAGAGCGCAGUGUCCGCGGGCGAGGCCGCCGCCCUGCUGCCGCAUCACUUCCUGGACGGAGCCCCGCCCAAAACAGCUGUGAUCAGUGGAGCGGACGGGCGACAGAGCGACCAUCACCUAGAGGAGCUAUACAAAGAGAGGAACCUGCUGCUGGGGGAGAUCGACCGGGAGGAGAGAGAGCGCUGCUGGUACUUCAGCCAGCUGGAGGCGCUGUCCCAGAGACUGGUCCAGCUGCCCCGCAUCGACACAUUCUCCCUGCAGAUGGACCUGAUCCGGCAGCAGCUGGAGUUCGAGGCUCAGCAGCUUCGAUCUGUGAUGGAGGAACGAUUCGGCUCCAGUGAUGAGAUCGUUCACCGGACGCAGGUGCGUGUUGCUCGUCUGGAGCAGCUGGAGACGGAGCUGCAGGAGACCCGAGGCAGUCAGGAGAGUCAGCUGCAGCUGUCUGGAGCUGAGAAGCCCCCUGCUGGUGAACCGGAGAACUCGUCAGCUGCAGCAGCUGCAGGAUCAGACGCUCCUGCAGACGGAGGCAGCAAGGUGGAGAUGGUCUUCUGGUUGCUGUCCAUGCUCGCCAACAGAGACAAGGAAGAGAUGUCCCGGACUCUUCUGGCCAUGUCCAGCUCUCAGGACAGCUGCACUGCCAUGAGGAAGUCCGGCUGCGUCCCCCUGCUGGUCCAGAUCCUGCACGAAGCCCCGGGUGCUGGAGGUGGUGCUGGAGAGACCACGACGACAGGCAGCACCACGGGGGGCUGCAGCCGAGAGGCCAAAUCCAGAGCCAGCGCCGCCCUCCACAACAUCAUCUACUGCCAGCAGGACGAGGGCCAGGCCCGGCGGGAGAUGAGGGUCCUGCACAUGCUGGAGCAGGUCCGCACCUACUGCGACAGCGGCUGGGACUGGAUCGAGAGCCACGCCACCAUGCCUUCACCUGGAGGAUCCAGAACCACCGAUAUUCCAGAACCCGUGGACCCUCAGAUCUGUCAGGCCAUGUGCGCCAUCAUGAAGCUUUCCUUCGAGGAGGAGUACCGACGAGCCAUGAACGAAUUAGGUGGCCUGCAGGUGGUGGCGGAUCUCACCCACCUGGACCAUGACAUGUACGGAAUGCAGAACGAUCCCAUCAACAUGGCGCUGAGACGUUACGCAGGAAUGGCUCUGACCAACCUCACGUUUGGAGACGUCGUCAACAAGGCGACCCUGUGCUCGAAGAAGAGCUGCCUCCAGGCUCUGGUGGCCCAGCUGGCCUCAGACAGCGAGGAGCUUCAUCAGGUGGUCUCCAGCAUCCUGAGGAACCUGUCCUGGAGGGCCGACGUCAGCAGCAAGAGAGUCCUCCGAGACAUCGGAUGCGUGUCUGCGCUGAUGACCUGCGCCCUGCAGGCCACUAAGGAGUCGACCCUGAAGAGUCUCCUGAGCGCUCUGUGGAACCUGUCGGCUCACAGCGUGGAAAACAAAGUGGCCAUCUGCUCCGUGGACAGCGCUCUGGGAUUCUUGGUCAGUACGCUGACGUACCGCUGUCAGACCAACUCACUUGCCAUCAUCGAGAGCGGAGGGGGGAUCCUACGAAACGUGUCGAGUUUGGUCGCCACACGAGAAGACUACAGGCAAAUCCUCAGGGACCAUAACUGCCUCCAGACUCUGCUGCAGCACCUGCGCUCCCACAGCCUGACCAUCGUGAGCAACGCCUGCGGGACUCUCUGGAACCUUUCAGCUCGGAGUCCAAAAGACCAGGAGCUGCUGUGGGACCUCGGAGCAGUCAGCAUGUUGCGCAACCUUAUCCAUUCUAAGCACAAAAUGAUAGCCAUGGGCAGCGCUGCAGCUUUAAGGAAUCUCCUCACCAAUCGACCCCUGAAAUAUAAGGAUGCUGCAGUCGUAUCCCCUGGCUCCUGCAUGCCCUCUCUCUACAUGAGGAAGCAGAAGGCUCUGGAGGCGGAGCUGGAUGCCAAACACCUGGCGGAGACCUUUGACACCCUUGAGAAACAGAGCCCCAAGCACUUGACCCUCAACAAGCCACUUCGGCACAUUGAGAGUCUGGUGAAGGAUUAUGCUUCUGAUUCUGGAUGUUUUGAUGAUGAUGAGGCUCCCAACGUCUCCAGCAGCCUGGACACUGGCAGCUUCUCUAUGCUGUCAAUGUUCCUCAACAACUCUAACUUCCUGCAGAACCAGCCUCGUAAGAGGGACAACGAACCUGAGAGGGAUGUAGAAACACAUCCGCUGAUCGAGAAGAGACAUGCACCUUCAGACGAUGUGGUAUCAGCCGCUGCAGAGAAGCUAGCAAAAAAGAUCACCAACACAGUUGCCAAGAUCGACAGGUUAGUGGAGGACAUCACCAUGCAGACAUCCUCGGAGGAUAGUUUGAGCCUCAGCUCUGAGGAUCACCUGGCAGACUGGCCUUAUGGACUAGAUGAUCUCAAUGAAACUAAAUCUUGCUCCCCCUGCCGUAUGUCUGAUACGAGCAGCCUGGCUCACAGAGAACGUCUCAGCCGAGCCCACGCCCUACUGCGCCUCAAAACUGCCCACAAGAGUGUCUCCACAGACAGUCUAAACAGUGGCAGCACCAGUGAUGGCUACUGUGGCAGCAAAGACCAGAUGCGACCUGCUCCAAGAGCCCUUAUGGUACAGAAACGACCCAACCAGCUGGAUCUUAAGGUGGCUCAUCAAGAGUACCUGAAUUUUGGACCUGUUGUCCUGACUGAGACUAGCCAGCAGGAUAUUCCGGAGCGAGAUUUUGUGGACAACAAAGAUGUGACGGUUCUAGAACUAAGCGACACAGAUUUAGAAAAGAACCAGGAUAAACCCCUACAAACACCAGUCAGUGCAUCCACUAAAGUCUCCUCCGAUGUCAGCAUGACUUCAAUCAAACUGUCUCCAUCUUAUCAGCAGGUCCCUCUCAUUCAAAGUGUGGCCACGUUUGGUGUCGCAAAGACAGCGAUCAACGUCCAGGCUGCCCAAGCAAUGAGGAGGCAAGCAUGGGUACCUACGGUCAUGACCGGGGGGAGCAUUACAAAAUUCUCCCCGAUGGCAUCCAGCAGAAGCCCAACCAUCGCCACGAUGGAGACAGUCCAGAAGUACUCAGUAGAGAACACACCAAUCUGCUUCUCCCGCUGCAGCUCACUGUCCUCCCUCUCUUCUGGUGACGGGGCACUGGAUGGACAAAGUGAAAAUGAGCUGGAGAGCGACUCGUCUUUAGAAAUUAUUGAAGUGGAGGAUGGAGAAGUGUUGCAGAGAACUGAAGAGGAUGAAACCUUAGAGGAUCUGAGUGACAGCCAGCUGCUGAUGACUGACUCUAAAACCUUCCCAAUUAAAGAGACGGAGCCGAUUGAAAUCCCCCAUCCUAGUAAAAGGGAAAAGGUUUUCCUCAGAGGAGCUUCACCGGCUGCACUUGAUGACAGAUCUCCAUCUAGUUCAUCUGAGAACUACAUCCAUGAGACACCCUUGAUAAUGAGUCGCUGUAGCUCAGUCAGUUCCCUGGGCAGUUUUGACUCUCCCUCUAUAGACAGCUCAAUCCAAAGUGAUCCAUGCAGUGAGAUGAUUGAUGGGACAAUUAGUCCCAGCGAUCUCCCCGACAGUCCAGGGCAAACAAUGCCACCAAGCCGAAGUAAAACUCCAUGUUGUGUCGAGCCGAAUGGAACAGAGACACAGACCUCAGGAAACGCUGGCCAGUGGGAAAGUAGCCUGCGGAAGUUCAUGGAGAUCACAGACUCGAAGGAAAGGUUUAAUCUUCCUCCUGAUCUGGACACAAUGAUCUACUUCACGGUGGAAAAACCCACUGAGAACUUCUCUUGUGCUUCGAGCUUAAGUGCUCUGCCUCUCCAUGAACACUACAUACAGAAAGAAGUGGAGCUGAAGUUGACCCCCCUGCUCCAGCAAAACGACAAAAACCUUCCGUUUCCUGAUGAGGACGAGCAAGGACUCGACCACGGGGAAAGAUACAGUGAGGGCAACUCAGACGAUGACAUCGAAAUAUUAAAAGAAUGCAUCAACUCAGCAAUGCCCUCCAAGUUCAGAAAAGUAAGACCUUCCCUGAUGACCACAAUCCCUUCUCAUAUUCUCAAUUCCCGAAAACAGAUUCAUCUUCCUGUGUACAUGGUGCUCCCGAAUGGAAAAACACAAAUGUGUCCUGGAAGGAGAAUUGUCAUCCCACAAAAGGACUUCAAAUUUGACGAUUCAUCCUUCACUGAUUCUGCAGAAGGUACACCUGUUAACUUCUCCAGCACAACAUCGCUAAGUGAUGAAACACUUCAGUAUCCAGUGAAAGAGAGGGGGGCUAAGGACUGCACAGCUAAAGGUAUGAACAAACAUGAAGUGCUCGACGAUGAGGACAAGAGGAUUGAAGACUUGAGGAUAUUCUCACACUUCCACAAACCCAACAGGAUGAAUUACCCACCUGAGAUCAAAAUGAACCGAGCCACCAAACAUGUGAUUCCCACUCAGAGGGUCCUGAUGCAGAGCAAAGAGGUGGCUGAUCGAGUGGCGAGCCAGAGAAAUCGUGAUCAUUCUCCAAACCAACAAAAGAAGAAGCAAGGUCAAGGCACCGUCAGAAAACUGGACCUGCCGGUCAUAAAGCAGAACUCAGAAGGGAACCUUAAUGUGGGAUCACAAAGAGGAAACACAAUAUAUCGACAGACGACGCAUUCUUCAGAGGACAGUUUCUACGAUGACAAUAAUGAAAUUGAUGAAACAUUGAAGCGAACGAGUCGAAGACAGAUCAGGGAAGUGAGUAGAAACACUCUCUCCCGGAGUAUGACCAAUGUUGGCAGGCUUGAUAAUUCCCAAUCGAAGGCCAGAGGAUUUAACAGGAUUAAACAGAAUCUGAUGAAGGAUGAGUCUCUGGGAUGUUACUCACUCAGCUCCUCUCUUAGUUCACUGAGUGAUGCCGAGUUUGAGGAUCACAAAUCAAAAGCCCAACAAAUAUGGUACAAAAACAGACACAACAAAACUCUGAAUAUGAUGCAACAAACAAAGUCGAUGACCAUUCACAGCCAGUAUGAAGAGCAAAGCUCACCAAGCUCCGUCAGCAUGGAUUCAGAGGAUGACCUCCUUCAGAAAUGCAUCACGUCUGCCAUGCCCAAGCAGAGGAGGAAGCUUGCUGCCAGGAGGAAGAAAGCUGAAAACACUCAGAAACAAAAAGCAUCUGAUCUCUGGAACAUGGACGAGGAAAUGGAUAGUGACGACACGGCAUGGGAUAGAGAUUCCGACCUCAACAGUGUUGAAUGGAGAGCCAUUCAGGAAGGUGCUAAUUGUGUUGUCAGUGGGCUGCAGGCCUCCAAGUCUCAAGAUCCAUCCUCUGAGGAGACGGAAUCAGUCCUGUCCUUCAUGUCAACCUCCAGCUUUACACCCAAAGAAAGGAAGUUUGCUAAAGACAAAAAGGUAAAUAAACCUUUAGACUUCGCACAACGCAAGCCAGUUGCAAACUUACCUGUGGUUUUCAGAGGCAGGACGGUGAUUUAUACACCAAAAAAAGAGACAUCUCCAUCACAAAUACCUCCACCCAGAAAAGUUCCAACAAAGACAGAUGCUCCAAAGAACCCAAAUCUGGCUCAGCACAGAUCUAAGAGCCUUCACCGACUGGGCCGUCCCCAGGACAUAGAGCUGUCUUUGCCAAAGAGGAGCUCUACUCCACCUCCAAGGAUACCAAAAAGUUCAUCCUCUGGAUCGUCACAAAGCUCUACAGCCUCCAAACAGACUCAGAGGAAGAUAACAUCGCCGAUUCAGACAAAAAAACCCAUCCAGAAAAAGAACGCCACACCAGCUAGCAGUCCCCCUGAAAGGAAGGGACGAUCUCCUGUUGUGAAUCAAAAUGAAAGAUCACCACCACCUAAAACUCAGAAGUCACCUGUCCGAAUCCCUUUCAUGCAAAGUUCAGGCAGACAACCCAGACCUCUGUCACCGCUAGUGACCGAUCAAACAACCACCAGACAAACCAGUCAGGUCAAUGGGAAAAGGGUUCUGCCCCCCAAUCGAUUUGACCUGGUUAGGAUGACUUCUGUCCACUCAAGUGGUGUCGAGACUGAUCGCAGUGGGUUCUUGAGACAGCUGACUUUCAUUAAGGAAUCAAAGACUGUGCUGAGACGUGAUGGAUCUGUCCGCAAGAUGCCUGGAUCCCAGAAUGGAUCUCCCCGCAGAGCAGUUCCUGGAGCUUCAGCUGUCUUCCUUUGCUCAUCCCGCUGUCAGGAACUUAAGGCAGCUGUGCAAGGCCCAAGAAGGAUGCAGGUCAAAGGUCCAGGACAAGCUCAGAUAGUCCACAGACAAGACUGUUGCCUUCAGAAGCAGUCUACAGCCCUCUGUAGAGCAACUUCUAGUGAAAGGGAUCUAUCAGGCAGACGUCAAGCCAGGAGGACUAGCUCAGAAAGCCCCUGCAGGGUGGCUCAGAGAACUGGGCCUGGCAGGGUGUCCGGAGUCAGGCGUCAACAAGACAAAGAUAAUUUUAAACGUCACGCAUCAUCACCAAGCAUUAACAUACUGAGCCGGGUGACCAGCCGUUCUUCCCUCCGCUCUUCGUCUUCUGAUUCAAGUGGAAGAGCGAAGAGCGAGGAUGAUACAAAGAAGAAAGGUCAGCGAUCCUCGUCUCGGCUGAACGACAGAGUGACCUGGAGGAGAAUCAGGGAUGAAGAUGUACCUCAGAUCUUGAAAAGUACCCUGCCAGCUAAUGCAUUACCUCUGGUGCCUUCUCCUGACGGGGAAAAGCCAAAGCUGCCAGCGCUUCCAGGAAAACUGCCAACCAUUCUCCUUGCAUCUCGCAAGACAAGUGACGCAACCGUCCAGACAGAAGAUUUUACCAAUAACAAGACCAACUCGAGCACCUCUCCGACGGUCCAAACUGCACCAGAAGUGGCACAACUCGCCCUUUUCAGGAAGAUCAGUUCAGCCCCAGGUAGUUACCUCCAGGAUGGUGAUGCAGACGGUUCCCUGAGAGGCCACAGCACCAGAUCUACAGGAACAUCAGACAGCCACGUGGGCGGAGUUGUUCAUUUCCGCCACGGUUCCCCUAGCAAGGCUGUCCGAGUUACCCCGUUCAACUACACCCCCAGCCCCCAGGCCUGCUGCCUGCAGGACGCAAAGAGCCAAGCUGCCACCUUCAACGAGAAGUCCGGGGAGAAGAGUGAGUCCUAAGACGUUUAGUGAAUUACAGGACGACUGCAUUGUGUUCCUGAUUCAAUCUCUCAAACACUCAGGUGGACAGAUGAGGAGUGCGCUGGUCCCUAUACCUCGGACAUUGACCCUUUAUUUUCCCCAUUCACUCCAUUCAAGUUUGAUCAUAGCUUCCAUUCGAACAGGGUUGGAUGUUUGCAUCAAGACAGGUCGGACAUGAACGGACACACAAUAACUUUUAGAGAUGCACUUCAGAGAAAAGUCUCCCCUGAGUAGGAAGUGCAUCUUUUUGUACUUUUUUGUAUUUGUAGAAUAUUCAUUGCCUGGUAGAAGUGUAGUGAAACAAAAAGCAAAAGACAAUGAACUUGAUUUCAGCACACGAGUCACCAUCGGUCUCCAGGACAGAAUCGUUAACAAGAACAAUAUUAUGCAAACGUUAGAGUGAAAGCUCAGCUUGACUUUCACAAGGGACACAAACACACCGACAUGUAAAGUAUUUUUUACAUCUACGCCUCAUCACUCGAUAUGAGACACUGUUAACAUCUCCAGAGUCCAACUGGGUCAGAGGGAAGAUUUUUGAUUGAACAUUCGUUCAACUUAUUUGCAUUAUUACUUUGAAAUUAACCAGUUUUCUUUUGUUCUUGGGUUGAUGUGUUUUCACUUUCACACGACAACAGAAUAAAAACUGUUUACUACUAUUGAAAUGUAGAAGUAGCUCAAAACCUUCGCGAAGCUACAGGUAGAUGCACAAGCAAGACGGAAGAAGAACAUAAGAACAAACUAGUAACUCCAGGGGAACUGUGGGGGGGGGGGGGGGGGGGUUAACUAAUCCAGAAAAUGUAAUAUUGUACAAAAUAUGCCUCAAUAUUAUUGCGAGCGGUUUAUAAUCUCAGUAAAUAGAGUCCUGUCCAACCUUAUAUACAGAGAUGAGAUGAGUAUCAUUCUUACUCUAUUAGUCUGAGGGGAUGAUUCAUGAAGAAUCCUCACGCUGACCCCUGCUGGACUGUUCCAUCACUGCAUUAGUAAAUAUUACAGCUGAUACUGUUAUUUUUCAACCUUUGGUUCCUCUGUGUCUUAAUACGUGUUGUAAAUAUCAUUCAUAUAUACAAAACCUUCCAAGCUUCCCAGUGUUGCUCCCUGACAGCAUGCUAAUAUAUUCACUGACUGUAAACACACAAUGACGUCGUUCCUCCGCGGUAACGAGAGCAUUACUACAAAUCUGUAUUAUUGUGCAGCAAAGACCUAUAAUGCUAUAAAGUGUGCGUGUUAGAUGAACGAAGCGACAACGCGCCUUGUUGGAGUAUUUCCUGUUAGGAGAUGAACAGAUGGUUUGAUUGGCUGAUGGUCGACAGGCGUGUGUCCUCUGGAAGUCUUUACAAACGCGUUAAUAUCUGCUUUACUGUGUUGCUGUAAAAGUAGCGGUAGGUGGAGAAGAAGUCGAACAUUAAUACGAUGAGUAUUCUCUGUAGUUGUUCCCUCACUCGUCCAUGUGUGCUCAGAGACAGGGACAGGACGGACGUGUCCACCCUGAGGGGCUGUUUAACGUUCUGUAUUUACCUGUUGUUUCCACAGCAUGUUUUCAAUAUGAAGAAAACCAAGUAGCUUUUAAAAACAAACCGUGCAGGUCUGUCGCGAGGUCAUCAAGACAGAAAGACACUCAGACGUUACACAUGAGCUCAAAUAGGAGUCAAGUGUGUGUUUGUGAAAUGAUCACAUUCAAAGUCUGACAAUCUUCCUGACAUGUUCCUCACGUGCUCUGGAGGUUCUGGAUGUGAUAACAUGUAUGAGUCUGUGUCUCUGGACAUUCUCUGGAUCUUUUCCUGAAGCUUCCUGGUAAAGUGAGUCCAUGUGAGAAACAGCUGGACAAUGUCUGGUGUGUCAACCUGCCAGUGACUCGUAGCUAGAGCCACAACAACUUAUGGUUUAAUCAAUUCAUGGAUUGACAUACAGCCGUGUGAGGAGCUCUUCAACAUAUGAACUCAAAUAAAUUCAACAAAAUGAAAUAAAAUGUGACACUUAACAAUUUCACACAUUUACAAACACGUUUCUGAUUAGUUCACAGGUUUAAAGGUGACAAGAAACUUUCUGAUCAUCAUUUCACUAACUUUUUUUGAUCUUAUUUAAGCUCAUGACUGAAAGUUGAAGUUCUAAACUUUGCAGCCGUGUAUUUUAUACUCGGACAGAUUGUUGGUGAAAAUCCUUUUAACAGCCCCACGAUGAAAACUGUGUGACUGAGACAAACGGGGAAUCAAGCUCCAUCAAAAGGUCCUGAAGUUUGUCCACGCCCCCGUCAGCGUCCUCGUUCACACCCGGCUGAGAUCAGGUGAAUCUGAACUCUCGGUUGUUUGAGUUCACUCAAAAAGUGGAUGUUGGACUUUUGAUGGCUCAUCAUUCGGAGACUCCUCAGCCGACUGAGAUCCUUUACAUUCAUGUGGUUUUGUCUGCAUCAGGUACAUUGAGGGACGAUGGGGGACAUCCCCUUGAACGUCUCACAAAUCUGUCAGUUCAACAAAUAUUCAUCAUUGACUUAGGAAAUAAAUGAUUCUGUAUUUAUUCAAUCUAAUAAAUAGAUCUCAGCCCUUUGUAUGUGAAUGAGGCCGUGGAGGUGACGCUGUCAUGUGAAAGAGGCAAAGCAACAGACGUGUUUCAUUAUAUAUGUUUUCAUCUAAUAAAGAGUGACGUGUUUCCUUA